AUGGAGUUUAAGGUAACAUUCUUGUUGUUAUCGACGUUAUACGGAAUAACUUUAUGCCAAGAUACUGAUGAUUUCAGCAGACUUUACAAAAAAAUAACAACUGGUUAUAAUGUUAACGUACGUCCGAUUUUGGAUAUCGGACAGCCGACACAAGUGAAUGCCUCCUUUCUACUGUUGUCUAUAAAGGAAUAUGAAGAAAAAGCAAGUAAACUUUCAAUAGUUGGAAUUUUCACAUUAACGUGGAAGGAUGCAAAAAUGGCAUGGAACCCGUAUGUGCAUGAAGGUAUACAUUCCUUAUUAAUACCGCAGAAUCAAGUAUGGAUUCCGGAAAUAAUCAACGGCAAACCCUAUGAUAAGAUUGAACCACUCGGAUUUGAGAGGCUAAAUGUUCGCGUGAUUUUUGAUGGAACGAUCGAGUGGAUGCCCGGAGAUGUGUACCAGACCACAUGUUCUGCUGACGUCACUUAUUACCCUUUUGAUGUACAUCGGUGCGAGUUUAUCUUCUCGCCAUGGAUGUAUUCAGCCGAUGAACUGUUUCUUCAGGCUGUGUGUGAUGAAAUGGACCUGGACGCAUUUACUCCAAGUGGUUUGUGGGAACUAAAAAGCACGCAAGUUUACGUUGAUCACGUUCUUGAAGCUCAAUUGUUUGUACUUAAAUUAGAAUUUAAGCGUCGUCCAAUGUUUCAUAUAGUUAAUAUCUUGGUGCCGAUAACUGUUCUGGGGAUUUUAAAUGUGUUGGUGUUUCUGCUUCCCGCAGAUUCAGGUGAACGUGUUGGAUUUUCUAUAACAGUAUUACUAGCAAUGUCUGUGUUUUUAACUAUUAUUGCCGAUAGCUUACCCAGCACGAGUCAGCCAAGCAUACCAAGGAUGUCCUAUCUCUUACUUGCAGAUCUGGUGAUAGGAACAAUGAUAACUAUAUGUACAAUUCUGGUACUACGCUUACAUCAUAAAGGCGAGGACGAAACUGUCCCACGAUGGCUCCGAUGUCUCUCAUGCAGAGGAUGUUGUUCCAAAAGAAUGAGGGGGAGACAAUCUAUCCUUGGUGAACCAGACACAUUCUCCGAGAUGUACACCGAUGAAAUCUACUUAAGGCCUACAAAUGUGUGGUCUAAUACUGAAAACAUAAAUCCAUAUAGCGACAGAUUCAACAAGUUUGGACGCAUUCAUGGUAGAGCAGUUCCUCGUAAGGAGAUAAGAAACAAUAGGUACCAACAGGAAGAAAUUCCUUCGCAUUAUAACAGUAGACCAUAUCUUCAGGAGGACUAUAUUAACAAACAAGAACCAUUCCAAGCUCUAGCAGAUUAUCAAUAUAUUGUCAAAUGGAAAGACAUUGCUGAUUUCUUCGAUUUUUUCUUUUUUGUAGUGUUCCUUUUAGCUAUCAUCGCCAAAAUAGUAUUCUCGGUUGUAGUGUUUUUGGGUAGUGUGUAG